CCAAGACCCUGCAUUCACUAUAUCUGGUCUCCCACAGUACACAGAACAUGGAAAUGCAAUUAUUUUAGUAAAUAUAAACUGUUAAAUGUUUUUUUUCAUCAGCAGUUAGAGCAGUCUUGUGACUUCCAUCAGUGUCAAGUUGAGCACUGGUUAAAGCUUGUAGAAGUUUUCAUUCUCCUCUCACUGUCCUAUGAGACUGCAGAACCCCUUGCCCUCUGUCUGGACAGUGCUGAUUGGCCCUGUGCUGAUCACAUGCACUCUCCCAAGAAACAAAAACACUCUAGCCAUACACACCAAACUGAGCAUGUAGAGAGUAUCUCCUAGGGUUCUGUAGUAUCAGCAGAUAAUUUGGGAACUGUAUAAGCAGGGGAAGAUCAGAGAAGACAGGAUCAAACAGCCUUUUUACACAAUGUGGAGGAUUAACCUCUUAGGUUCGACAGUGAGUAUAACAAGCAUGCUUUACUGCAUAUACAGACUGAUUUUACUGUUGUGGGUUUAGUAAAACUU